CGAGUCGUUCCAAUAUACAAAUAGACAAACCCCCCAGUCUAGCCCCCCAAAACCCCCAAACCUGCAAAUCAAAAGCCGCCGUAAGACUACCAGCAAAUAAAACCAACUUUUUGUUUGAUCAAGAACAAGGAGUGCCAUCGACCCAAUUCUAUAACGCGCUAAAGCUCGCAAGGGUAAAGUAUCGUCAGAUUCGUCACACAAUGGUAGGCGUUGGCGCUGACAGACCCUGCUGAUGGGGAGGUCCCGGGUUCCCAACGGUCCGAUUACCCUGCUAAACCCAGGCACCAAGGUGAAACUACUGGGGCGAGCAUUAAGUUUAAACUUUACUGCGUGUGUACUGUAUAGAUAAACGGGAGUUUGUUCCCGGCUGUCACACGUCAAGACGGGGGAGAGUGGCUUAUUUACUUAGCUUAGCUGGGAAAAGAUGGAAAGGAUUGGACUUGCGCUUUCGGGAUCCAGGCGGGAGCUUAAAGGAGGGCGUCAUCUUGUCUGUGUGUUUUGUUCUUUCUGGGGGAACUUUUUGUGGGUAGGAUAGCUUUGUGCUCUUUUGACCUAUUGUCUUAUUGUCGACGACUACGAAGGGGUUUGCUCCUCUCUUUUGGCUUCGAGGGGGUAUUGUCAGAAGGAAGCGGGGAUAUUCACCACCAAGUCUCUCCCUACUUUGUCUUUUCAGACAUCGAUCCAUCAUGUCACUAAUCCGUCGCGCCACUCCUUCCUCCACAUCGACAUCAUGCUACACACUCAACAAGCAAAAAGCGCCCUCUGACAGUCUAAGCUAUAUCCCAUGCAACGCCACAGCCAUCGCAAACGGCGAACACAGUGUCUGCUGCGCAUCCAACGAUCUCUGUCUUGAGAACGGGUUGUGCAAGUACAACGCUGGAGCGGACGCGAGGCCGUUCAACGAAUAUUGGCGCAUCGGCUGCACCGACCCAACUUACAAAGACCCAUCCUGCCCCCAACAAUGCUCAAACAUCCCAAACGACAGAGCAACGCAACUUGUUUUCCAAUGUCCCGGAAACGGACGCUGGUGCUGCGGAACCGGGCAUAUCGAAACCUACAAAGAUCACGGGACUAUAAACACCACAUGCUGCGACAUCGACGACUUGGCGUUCGACGGAGGCGAAGCCCGCGUCUUCGCGACCGCGAAGCUGGAAUUGAAGGAUGUUUCCGGGACAGCGGUUUCCACUGGUAUUCCCACACGCACCUCGGGGUUAGGGCAGGUUUCGACGACCGUAGGCACGAUUGCUACGUCGACGUCGUUGGGGGAGGGAAGAACAGCAGUACCAAGCGCUUCAGACAACAUCUCGCCACCGAAAGCCCCGGAUAACCUUUCGACAGCCAUUGGAAUCGGUGUAGGGAUCCCAGUCACCAUUGCCAUAUUAAUCGGGAUAGCCGUUUUCUUCGUGCUGCGGAAGCGUCGAAAAGCGAAAGCUGCAAUGCAAGAUCAAGGCACCAACAAUAGCCACUUCGAUAACAAACCGCUGACGUCCCCACCAAAUCAACCAUCACCAACACAGCAAUCGCAGUCAAAACGUGGUGCCUUUGCAUUCUGGAAUCGCUCUCGAAGUGUCCAGCAAUCUCCCGCGUCGCAAGCGAGUUUAGAUAGCCCGGAUAUAAGAAGUACGAAUCCUCACGCGUUCUGGACAGAGGCGCAUGGAAGAGAAAUGGCAAUGGAGAUGGACUCAGCGCGGGCGCCAGCGGAAGCGUGGUCGCCAGAUGCAGAACGAGGGACGGGGUGGGGCAAUACGCAGGACGGCAGAGAUAUCAAUGCUGUGGAGUUGAGGGGGACGAAUGCAAGGGAAAGGUUUGGGAACUCCGAGUUGGAGGCGAAUGAGUCCAGGAGUCCAGAGUUGCCGGCAUAUGCGUACAAGUACACAUAG